GAAGGCACACAGGGGCACGGCCAGGGCGGCUCGCUGCAGGGGACAAACACUGUUAGUGAUGAGCAUUGCCCAAAAUCCAUCAUCAGUCACACUAGUGUGCUCAGGCUGCAGGGGACAAACACUGUUAGUGGUGAGCAUUGCCCAAAAUCCAUCACCAGUCACACGAGUGUGCUCAGGCUGCAGGGGACAAACACUGUUAGAGAUGAGCAUUGCCCAAAAUCCAUCAUCAGUCACACUAGUGUGCUCAGGCUGCAGGGGACAAACACUGUUAGUGGUGAGCAUUGCCCAAAAUCCAUCACCAGUCACACUAGUGUGCUCAGGCUGCAGGGGACAAACACUGUUAGUGGUGAGCAUUGCCCAAAAUCCAUCAUCAGUCACACUAGUGUGCUCAGUCUGUUAACUCCUCACUGCCUGGCAGAAUUCUAGACACCCAGUGUUUAUGACUUGAAAGAAGUUUUUUGUGUUGUUACACACCUUAGUGUAUGAAGUCCCAAGUGACUGUGACUCACUAUGAAAUCUGCAGAAUAUGAAAAACAGAGUUUAAAUAAAAGCUAAUCCCAUCAGUGCAAGGCUAUGUCCUGUUUAAUCAAAGCCUUUGUCUGGAGGGAGAAUGAGCAAUCUCCACUUGCUGGGAUGAACACCACAGGUCUGGAGAAUGAGACACUUCCCGAUUACUUAGUGCCUCUUUCUGAAAGGUUUCUCAAGUUUUCUCUUUGGAGGAGCCCUGAUGGGAGCAGCUCUGUGUGUCAGCAGGGCUGGGGUGGCACAGGCUCCCCCCGGCCGUGGGAAGCAAUGAGAGCCCUCAAGGCCAUUCCUAACUCAGCUUCUGUGCUGUGCUGGUGUUUAAGGCAAUGUUCACAACUUCCCUGCAGCAAGUGGGAUGCUGUGUGUUUAUUGUGUUAAAAUACUCCUGCCUGUGCUGGCUCCUCCUCAGUGAAGUCACUGGCACAGCCUCCCCCUCUCUUUGAUUGCAGGGCACAUAAAUAGGUCCUGUGCAGAGUCUCUUCAAAGAGUUUCCUUGAGGCAACCCACUGAUGAGGUAGAGAAAAAUAAUCAGCAAGCCUGGAACAAACUGCCAGCCUGGGAGAUUUCUGUUGCCUGAGGGCACUGAAGAUAAGACAUGACAUAUUUACACUCAAUCUCUUUAGGAAGGGGAUACACGGGUAUUUUAUGAGAUGUUAAAGGUAUUUUUAAAAAAUGCAGGAGCUAGAAAUGACAAGUACAAUUUUCUCUCUCCCUCUCCAUUACAGCCAUCCUAUCAUGUAUUCAAUAAGCCCUGCUGCCUCAUCCUCUCAUGCCACUUUUAUUCCAGAGAAAACACUUUGAUGGAGCAGCUCUUUACUCACAGAACAGACAGUGAAGAGACAACCAGCUCCACAGUGGCUGCUGUCACCCCAAGGAAGUGCCACUCUCCAAGCCCACACUUCCAGAGGAAACCAAAGGCAUCCAGGUCCUGUCUGGCACCCUGCUCCAACAGCCCAGACUCACUGAUCCCACAUCCAUGGGGAUGGCUGCUCUGCCUCCUGCUGCCAGCUCUUACAGCUCCUCCUCUCAAAGAGAACGUCAGCAGCGCUGCAAUAAGAACCCCAGGAUUUGUGGACUCUCAGAGGAACCCCUGUGUUUAUGGACUCUCAGAAAACCCCUGUAUUUAUGGACUCUCAGAAGAUCCCCUGUGUUUAUGGACUCUCAGAAGAUCCCCUGGAUUUAUGGACUCUCAGAAGAACCCAGUAUUUAUGCUGUCUCAGAAGAACCCCUGGAUUUAUGGACUCUCAGAAGAUCCCCUGUGUUUAUGGGCUCUCAGAAGAUCCCCUGUGUUUGUGGACUCUCAGAAGAACCCCUGGAUUUAUGGACUCUCAGAAGAUCCCCUGUGUUUAUGGGCUCUCAGAAGAUCCCCUGUGUUUGUGGACUCUCAGAAAACCCCUGUGUUUAUGGACUCUCAGAAGAUCCCCUGUGUUUGUGGACUCUCAGAAGAUCCCCUGUAUUUAUGGACUCUCAAAAGAACCCAGUAUUUAUGCUGUCUCAGAAGAUCCCCUGUAUUUAUGGACUCUCAGAAGAUCCCCUGUGUUUCUUGCACAGGGAUGUGGCCAAUCAAUGCCUGGGGCAGUCUCCUUCUUUAACACAGUGGGAAAUGCAGAGUGAUGAGAACAGAGUGACUUCUCUUAGACUUUGGGACUUCCAGACAGGAUGAAUAUAGGAGAUGGUUUUCAACUUAUUAAUGUGUGGCCGCAAUUGAUCUUUCAUCCAACAUAAACCUGAGCAAUGCAUUAAAGUUAUUUUUACAAAGCCUGCAGGGGUUUCACACUCUGCCCUUUCCCAGCUGCAAAGCAAAUGUCAGCUGUGAAGCUCUGGCAGCUCGUGCUGAAUGUCAGAACCAGGCAGAGCUGUGACUCCAAAGCCUGGAACUUUUACCCAUAGGAGCUUUAGUGCCUGGCACUGGGUUAUACCUGGGAAGGUGUCAGAAGUGAUGAGUUGUGAUUCUUUGUAAUGUAAAAAGGGAAGAGUAUGUCCAAAAGUGCCAUACAAAGCCCCAGGGCACAUAAAACACCUCAGGCAGUCACUGGCAGCUGCUCACAAGGAGCUGCUCAUGCCUGCUGCAGUCCUGGGGCU